CGAUCUUCAAACCCCUUUUGCUUCGGAGCCGGCCGACCUUCCAGCCGACCCUCCAGCGCCUGCUCACGUCUCCACGCACUCCGGCCCAACAGAGGUGGUCCAAACUACGCCGGUGUCAUGCACGUAUGGCGCCUUUCGUGUUUGGUGCACGUUGGGAGAGGGCGCGUACGGCGUGGCGAUGGGAGCUCAAGACGUAGCGUCUAAUCGCUUGUUGUGUCUCAAAGUCUUUCCAAAGCACCAUCUUGAGCGCAAAGCCAGGAAAGAUGUUCUUCUGAACGAACUCGAAGCGUACAAGCGUCUUUCACGCGCUUUGCCGUAUCCCGCGGCUAGUUUUCUCAUGGGCCUCGAGAUGUCGUUCCAGACCAGGGAUAAAAUAUGUUUUGCAAUGGACCUGAUGGCGAGCGACCUUUAUAGUUAUUUGCAACGUCAUCCUACGUACUGCAUCCGCAAUUCUGGUAGGUGGGCUGCGCAAAUGACCCUUGGGAUAAAUGCUCUGCACGAGAUGGGGAUCAUCCACCGGGACAUCAAAGCCGCGAACAUCCUGAUCGAUGCUCGAGAGAACGUACGCAUCACCGACUUUGGCGUGAGUUAUGUAGACAGAAACGAAGGACCCUUGGACCGACAGCGGAAUUAUUGUUCGCGAGAGGCGGGAACGACGCACACCAUGGCACCGGAGGUUUUGUACAACGGAUCCGACUACCGUCUUUUGAAGUACGGAGCACCCGCAGACUGGUGGUCGUUAGGCUGCGUCAUCUACGAGCUUAUUUCGAAGAAGCACAAGUCACUCUUUGUUACAAAGGACGACAUACUUUCCUACGUUUCUUGGUGCUCCAGCCGCGACAGACCAUCCAAACGGUUCCCUGCCUUUGAAGGAUUACAUGAAGCUCUUGUGGAUUUGAUCUCUGGGCUGCUGCAACCCAACUCGUCAUCGCGGUUUGGGUUCGCUGAGGUCGUGAAUCAUAGAUCGUUUUUGUCCAAAGACGGCACGUCAGAAUUCUUAGACGCAUACUCUCGCGCGCUUGAUCGCAAAGCAUUUCCAUCUUCGCUGCCAGACUUACGAUGUGGUCGAGAGACCAACGCAGCAGAAAUCUGGUUUCGCCAACCUUCCUGGGAGAAACCACGCGUUCCGAAUGUGGACUGGGUCAAGCCGGCGCUUCUUUCUCCGUUCUUAUGAUGGCCCUUCAGUCCAGUCGGUGUUUAUUUAGUUUCGAUAGCUUCACUGUUCACUAUCACUAUGUCUCCCUUCAUUCUUCACCUUGUUACAAAUAACUCUAUGUAAAAUGCACCGGUCUAU